GAACAUUCUCUCUCUCUCGCUCUCUCUCGCUCUUCUCCUUUACAACUUCAUCCCAUGUCCUCUUCACCUCCUUCGAACUAAUCUCCCAUCUAUCGGUUGUUCCUCUAUCGUGGCUUUCAUAAUGCCCGACUCAUCUCUCCCCAAUGGCCCCGCUGCCAUAGAUUCCAACUCAACCACCUCUCACCCGACCGAUUCCACGUCAACAUCAACCUCGGCGCAAACACCAUCCACAGACGCAUCCCCAUCACACCACCACCAACAACAACAACAACAAACACAACAACAACAAGAAGACAACACAAAACACCCCACAACUUCCACCCUCCGCCUCUCCCUCCCCACCGUAAUCGCCCACUGCCACCACCAAGUGCACUCCUUCCUCUCCGAAUCCCACCCCCCCAACUCCCUCCUCGCCACAACCCAACACCAAACCCGCACCUCCCUCGCCAUCAUCAAAGACGCCCUCACCCGCUACCAGCUGCCCGAACUCUCCCUCUCCUACAACGGCGGCAAAGACUGCCUCGUGCUCCUCAUCCUCUUCCUCGCCAGCCUCCACCCGCACCCCCCCGCCUCCGCAGGCGGCCUGGCCUCCAUCCCCGCCAUCUACGCCCUCCCUCCGGACCCCUUCCCGGACGUCGAAGACUUCGUCCGCUGGUCCUCAGAAGCAUACCACCUCUCCAUCGAUAAAUUCACGACCGACCCGCCGACCUCGACCCUCCGCGACGCCUUCGAUCACUACCUCGCUCUGAACCCCACCAUCCGCGCCAUCUUCGUCGGAACCCGUCGGACGGAUCCCCACGGCGCGAGACUCACGCACUUUGACCCGACUGAUAGUGGAUGGCCGGAUUUUGUGCGCAUUCAUCCGGUCAUUGACUGGCAUUAUGCGCAGAUUUGGGCCUUCAUUCGCCAUCUUGAUUUGAGAUAUUGUCCGCUCUAUGAUCAGGGCUAUACCAGUCUUGGGGGUACCACUGAUACUCUGCCGAAUCCGAAGCUGCGCACGGAUGGCCCCGACGGGGAGGACGAGUACCGUCCGGCCUAUGAGUUGACCGAGGACCUGGAGGAGCGACUGGGCCGGAAUUGAUCGCCUCAUGACCCCGUAUAUACUCGCAUGACCCGGAUUCCCCUUCCCUUUUUUUUUCUGUCUUUUUCUUUCUACGGCAUCCCCGUCCGACAUACUAUGAUAGAUUCUGUAUACAUUAUCAUCCCCUUCAUUUUGCUACAGCUUGAUACAACUGGACUGCAACUUUUGCUUGAUUAUAAUACCUAGACGAUGCAGCCACUUUGGCGAGGCCGGGUACCAUACACCGUUAGACAGAU